UGCUCGCUCGUGCUAGGCCAUCCCGCCGGUGCUGCCCGAGCUCUUCUUGGCAGGCGGCAGCCUGAGCUCCUCCCGGCGGCAGGGGCCCGAGAUCUUUCCGGCGGCCGCCCGAGCUCUUCGCGGCGGCGGCGGCCCGAGCUCUUCCUGGCGGCGGCGGUGCGAGAUCUUCCCGGCGCCCCUCCUCGCCGGCGCCCCACCCGCCGCACGCCACCUCGCUGCCGCCCCACCCGCCGUGCACCACCCGCCGCGCCACCCACCCACGGCGUCCCAGUUUCCGGCGCGUCACCCGCCGCGCGCCACCUCGCCUCCGCUCCGCACGGCACCGCACCGCGGCGAGGCCUGCGCGAGGGAACAGAUGUGGAACAGCACGGGGAGCAGUGCAUUCGGGACCGGCGGCGGCGCGGGCGAGCGGGGCAGCGCCGUCGGCGGGGGAGCGGAGCGUGUUGGAGUUGGAGAGCGAGAAAUCGCGGAGGCGGGGCUUGACCCGGAGGAAGAAGGCCGGCGUGGACGGGUCGGAGGAGAGGAGGUUGAAGAACUCGGCGGCCAGCGCGAAGGGCGCGCGCGCCGGGGAGCCGAGCGGGCCGCGCCCCGCGCGGACGGUGAGCGCGAAGAAGGGGAGGCCCGGGUCGUCGGGGCGGUACCAGAGGCGGAGCGCGGGGCCCCACGCGAAGGCGGCGAUGAGGUUGAAGCGGAGCUCCCGCGGGUCGCCGACCGCCGCGAGGCCGGGCUGGAACGCCAGCCCGAGCACGCCGAUCGGCACCUCAGCCCGCAUAAGCGGCCGGUCGUCGUCGCAGAACUUGAUCCACACCUUCAACGGCCUCGUCCGCUGCCGUGGCAGGAGGAGUUCGCCGCCGCCUGGGGCCAGAGCUGCGAGGAGAGGGGCGCGCUCCGGUCGGCCUACGGCGCGGCCAGGGAGAUGAUACGCGAGCUCAAGGAUGAUCCUGCUCUCGACAAGUUCGACGCCGCCAUGCAUAGGAUUGAAAAGCUUCAUGAGAAAGUGCAAAGACCACUGGAGCAGCUCUCAGAUGCUGAGGCUCUGCUGGAUCUUGCUGAUGUUCUAGUCUCAUCUACCAAGGCGGAAAACAGAGAUGGGCCGACCCCAUCUGAAUUUGUUACAGCCCUGCUCAGGAAAUUCGGUGGUACAGCCACACCGCUUGAUGAUUCUAAUGAGCCAUUCUCCUGGUCGAGUCUUGGUGGUGCAGCAUCGACAUUGUUCAUGACAGCAACCGGGUGCCAAACAAUGCAUGGUCCAAUGGGUCGUGAAAUCAAGGAACGGAGGCAUGCGUUUAGAAGAGAAUCUGUCCGCUUAGACAGUAGACCUGCAGAGCCUCAUGCAUUGGCGCUAGACCAGGAUGAAAGGAAUGACACCGACAAGAACAUAGCUGUCAUGUUCGACCUCCUAUGUCAUCACAAAAGUGUAAAGCUGGAACAUCUCAUUCUGAACCGGCAGUCCUUUGCGCAAACCGUUGAGAACAUAUUUGUGCUCUCAUUUCUGGUGAAGGAUGGGAGAGCUGAGAUAAAUGUGGUUGAUGGUGGGGAUCAUUUUGUCGCUCCAAGGAAUGCUCCUGCAGCUGGAUUGAUAACCUCCAGGAAAGUUUCCAAUAGCCAAUUUGUGUUCCGGUUUGAUACUGAAGAUUGGCAGAUAAUGCAAUGAGUGGUCAACCCAGGAGAGGAAGUAAUGCCUCACAGAAGCAGUUACCAUGGAGGUGAAUACAGGAACACACAAUCAUGUUCUGCUCGUGAUUGCACUAAGUUGGGUUCAGAUUCCAAGCACCUGAAAGAAGAGAAUUUUGCAAAAGAAGACUCAGUAGAGUUCACAAAUGACGAAGCAGUGAUGGAGAACUUGACCAAUUGGUGCUCUGAAGAUGACACUCUGAAGAAGAGGAAAAGACUGUGUCGCUAGGAGGUUGUUUUCUGCAGAUGACUAGGAAGAAAGGGUAACUGAGCGACGAAGUAGGCUCGCUGACAUAGCAAGUUAACACUAUUUUGAAGAAACUGGUUACAAAGCGGUUGUAGGCAUGAUUAGGCAUCUUUUCUUUCCCCUUUUGUUUCUGCUAGGAGGAAAUGAUGCUUCAGAAGUUCAGAUUAA